AUGACGCCCCAGCCGCCCUCGAAUCCGGACGCGCACACCACCGUGAACGACUUCCUCGACUACACCGAGUUCUUCCCCUCGGACCUGUAUCGCUCCAUGAUCCUGAUCAAGGACCUCGACGUGAAGUACAAACAGGCCGCCCAGCACGUCCACGAGCUGACCAAGAGCUACGCCAACCUGCCCAAGGCCCCCGAGAACGAGCGCGCUGAUCCGCAGGAGCUGCGCCGGGAGAUAUCAGUCGCCCUCGAGAAUGCCAUAUUCUUCAGGGAAUCAUCUCACGCCGAGGCCGUGCGCAUCUGCGAAGUGGCAGAGCGCCACGCGCAUCGGAUCGCCAUCAUCAAGCGCAAGCUCCAGGCACUGCCGCAGCCACCUUCGCGAGACCCUACUCCUGCGCCCGUGUCCCCGCAAGCAACGCGCUCCGCAAACAAGUACAAUACCACACCGCGCCUGCAUUUGAACUUCGAUCCUGUCCGACAACCCCAGACAACCAUUCCGAGACCUCGCGACCGGAGUAGGAAGAACACAAUAACACUGGGUCCUUUGGACUCGCCUACACCUAGUGACGUCUCGGAAUGGGGCAGUUCUCGACCUGGCUCCUCUUCUGGGUCCGCUAUCGAGGUAACAAACCAGAAAGGCAUCAAGGUCCCCAAAAAGGGCAGCAGCAAAGUGCCCAAGCCGCCCCGUGUGCGCCCUCCUGGCGCUAUGGGUACGAAUGUGCACAGCCAACUUGCGGGCAUCUCGACAAGCAAUGCGCUCGCGAGGCUAUCUCCUCCUCCAGAGGAUGCUAAACCUGGCAGCCGUUAUCGACCCUGGUUUAAGCUCACCGAAUACGAAAUGGCAUUACUGAGGAAACAAAUGAAGAAGAAUGCUAUUUGGAGCCCUAGCGAUACGAUGAUCCGCCGCGAGUUGCAGAAGAAAGACCGAGGUCUCGAAGCCUACGAGGCCGCGAAGAAAGAGGCCGAGGAAACGGGAGUGCCCCUACUUGACGAAGAAAGUGCUGAUCGGUCAAGCAACCAAGGAGGGCCUCUGGCACCCGGCGAAAUAUCACAUGAUACAUGGGGUGCACAGGACUCGCAGCUUGUAAACCGUGGAAUGAAGCUGAACGAGGCCAAGAGACUCAAGAGAGAGAGCCUCUUGCGCGAGCAGGCCCUCAGAGACGCCAUGGAGAUCGAAGAUGCGAGUCGUCAAAUCAUGGUCGCUGGGACUAGGAUGAAGAAUCUAUUCCCUGGACAAGGUGAAAACGUUACUGUUACUCCGUUGACAGAGAAGAAAAAGGAACCAGCGAGGUCGGCAAGAAAGCGCAAAAGGGACUCGACACCACCAGUUUCGCCCGAUAGCGCUCCCGUGACUACCGGGCCUAAGCGCCUUCGAAUUGCGCCGCCAGUGCCUCCCGUACUUGCCCCUGCUCCCAAAACUCCUCAAACCCCUGUAGCAGUCCCAUUGGCGCCCGCGGGUCCACCAGCGCCCUCCGUCGGUUCCAAGGCUACCUCAAAACCCCCAAGCCGGAAGCCGACCCCCGCUCUUCCGUCGCCGACGGAGAGCAAGAAACCGGCUACCGCGCCUGCGCCUGCGCCUGCGCCUCCGCCUCCGCCUCCACCUCCACCUCAACCACAGCCAACAGCAGCAGCAUCUCGACCUCGCCGCGCUUCUGUUGCACCAAAACAAGCGAGCUCGCCUGCACCAGAGCCAGCUGCUAGUAGUGCGAUUGCACAUCGUCCUCGCUCCUCUCGUGGCGUCAUCACGCCGAAGGCUGCGAGUGCGGAACCGCCAGCUGCUUCGACAAGCAAAACCCGCGACCUGCGGCGAGCAAGCAAUGUCAGCCUUCCCGCUGCGCCUCAGGUUGCGAACGUCCUCGCUACAAGGACCAGUAAUCGCCGAAGGCGGCUUCCCCCGCUUGGCGCUGUUACAGCAGGCGAGGACGGGCAGGCCGGGGUUCAGAUCAGCGUUCUGGAGCGACAGACAGGGUCCAAGAACAAGAAGAGAUCUACGGCUGGAAACGUAGCAGAUGAACCAGAUCAGCCGAUUCGUCCAGGAGAGCCGACUUACUGCAUAUGCAGAGAUGUUAGCUAUGGGACAAUGGUAGCAUGCGAAAAUGAUAAUUGCCGAACCGAGUGGUUUCACAUUGAAUGUAUGGGCAUGAAAAGGGCACCUGCUCAGUCGGCUAUAUGGUAUUGUCCAGAUUGCCGCGUGCUGCUAAAUAAGGAAGAAUUUGGCAAGCCAAUUUCUGCGCCUGCUGCAAGUGUGAAGCGCAGCGGCAGGUAG